UUAAAAAAGGCUUCUUAAUUUAGAACACAUUUUCUUUGUGAAUACAUUUUAAUUUAAAUUUAAUUUUUUAAUAUAAAUUAACUCGAUUUAAAUUAUCUUAAUGUAGAUUACUCUUUUCGCAACUCAUCAUAAUCCGCUCUUAUUUGCAAACAUUAAGUUGAUCGAAUUAGAAACUAUUGACUAAAGUCUUGUGUCCAUGACAUUGAUGACACUAAAAAUCAGUAUGAACCUCGAACAGAGAAAAAGAAUGGAUCACUCGUAUUAGGCAUUAUGCGCGUUCACGCAUGAUGCGCAUGAAACGGAAUACAUUCUUCGCUAAAUUAGUCAAAUUUAUCAAAGAAUGUAAUUUAUUAAUUCUUUCUUCACCCAAAAUUUCGCAGCGAGAUUUUUAGCAUCGUAAACAUUAUAUUUCAAAAUUGCAAGUAAAACGCAGCUCCUAUUUUUUGAAUUGCAAUGCCCAGGAUAACCGCGAAAGAUCCUCAGAAAAAAAAAAUCGGAUUCGAUGACGAUCGUCGAGAGCAAGAGAUGCGUCCGGGUGAAGUCUUCAUCGGCCGUGAACACAUUAAAUAGGGUCGGUGGGACUUUCGUCCGUUUGCAAAACUUGCCAAACAACUGUCAAAAUCUCAAUACAAUUCAAGGAGACUAACGCCUUCAAUUUUCAACGAACGGGAAAUUAUAUUCAAUGGGAAGUUACAAGAGAAAAAUGAAAUAAAUCUAAUAAGAGAAUUAUUAUACUAAACUAAAGUAAAAUUAUGCUUAAAGCUUACAGCUUAAAGCUUCAAACAUAAUAAAACAAUUUGCAAAUUCUCAAUAAAACUUCAAGAUGUAACACAUACAUCCUUAAAGUAAAAUAGGUAUAUGUUUAAAAUUUAUAACGAGAAGAAAAAUUCCAAUUCGGACGAAAACAUAAAAAAUACUGCAAAUACUUUAAAAAAGUAUCUUCUCUGAUUAUGAAUAUCAUGAUUACACAAUUUCUUCUAAAAAUAUUUCAAUAGUUUAGUCGAAAAUCUUUAAUAUAUAAAUUGUGUUAUUUACAACCAUUAACAGCCAAGGGAAUAUAUUUACAAGCAUCUUUGCAAACAAAUUGAAUUUCCUUGUUCUCGCUUCAACCUCUAGAAUUAUUGUUGAAAGUCAUGAAAAGUCCGAUACUUGGCGUCUCAUAUGUUUAAAAUGCGUUAAGUAAACUGUAUCGUAAAAGGAGAAAAAUAUUGUUGAGGAAAAAAAAAAGAAAAAAAACUUCUAGACCUGUGAUCUCUCUCUACACCAAUAUUGUUCUGACAGUGAAACGAUCUGUGGUACACGCGGCUCUCACGCGAGCAAUGACUGAUGAUAAACAUUCGCAUGUACAUACGCGACACGUACUAAGGAUCAUAUCAUAUCAUAUUCGAACGACCUCUCUGCCGAUCGACAGUUUGUAACUGCUUUGCGAUCGAUUCGAAACGUAUUCUCUAAGAGAGUCUCUUAUUGUCUCUCGUAGCAGUCCUUUUCUUCUCGUGAUUCUAAUACCGGUGUAGUGCUUUCUCCGUAUUCACAAGAAUGAGUCAAAAAUUUCCGACGGUUGUCACGAAAAUCGAUGUGGCAUUAAAGAAGACCGAAUCAAAAGAACAGUACAAAAAGAAAAAGCAAACCUCGAGCAAAAAGAUGGACAAUACCGAGAAGAUGGCAGAGAAAGUAACAGAAACGCACAAUGCGGAAACUUCUCAAAGUGAUGAAACUACGCCUAAAAUGUCUGUCUUUAAUAAACCUGAAGAUCCUGAAGUUGCAGAAAUAUCCAAAAUGACUAUGUCCGAAGUAGAGUUUUACAUAAAAGAGGCUUCUCAAGACGCGGAAAUGCCAAAGACUACGUCCAAAAAAUCUACUUCCAGUAAGCCUGGUGAUUCUGAUAAAGCUGAAAAAUUAUGCCAAGUAUGCGAAGAUACGUCCAAAAUAUUCACCUCCAUGAAACUUGAUGCUUCUAAAGAUACGAAAAUAGAUCAAAUGCCCAAGAUUACAUCCGAAAAAUCUACUUCUGGCAAGCCUGAUGAGUCUGAUGAGACUAAAGAAGUACUCAAAGGUAUGUCCAAGAAAUCCAUCUCCACGAAACUUGAGAUUUCUAAGGAUUCGGAAGUAAGCAAAAUGCCCAAGACUACGUCCGAAAAAUCUGCUUCCAGCAAGCCUGAUGAUUCUGAUGAGAUUAAAAAAGAACUCGAAGAUAUGCCUAAGAAAUCCAUUUCCACGAAACUUGAAAUUUCUAAAGAUUCAGAAGUAAGCAAAAUGCCUAAGACUACGUCCGAAAAAUCUGCUUCCAACAAACCUGAUGAUUCUGAUAAGGCUAAAGAAGUAUGCGAAAUGCUCAAAGAUACGUCCAGAAUAUCCACCUCCACGAAACUUGAGGCUUCUAAAGAUAUGGAAAUAGAUCAAAUGUCCAAAACUACGUCCGAAAAAUCUACUUCCAUCAAGUCUGAUGACGAAGCUACAAAAGUAUGUCAAGUGGUUAAAGAUACAUCCGAAAAAUCCAAUUCUAUACAACUCGAGGCUUCUAAAGUUCUGGAAGAAAAUAUUACCAAAGUGCUCAAAAUUAUACCCGAAGAAACCACCUCUGUCUUUACGACUUAUUCACAGUUUCCACAUGCAUACUCAACGGUCAAGUUUAUGUCGAAAAAUUGCAAGGAUUUACAAUCUGAAGUUUGUAAAGAAAAAAAAUUUGAAGAAGUUCGAGAAGUAUCCAAAGAUACAUUCACAUCCAUUAAUCCUGAAAAUUCUAGUAUACCUGAAGUAUGCCAAAUGCCCACGACUAUAUCCGAUACUUCCACUUCCAAGGGAAAUAAAAUUGAAGAAGUCCGCCAAAUGUGCAGUAUGUCCAAAGUUUCCUUUAAGCCGUCUGAAAUUUUAAAUGAAUUCCAAAUGUGUAAACCUGUAUCCUUCCAAAGCCCCUCAGUCUCCACCGAAUUAAAAAAUCCUGAAGCUGUACAAUUACAUGAAACGUCCAAACCUACGAUGCAUACUUUUGAAUAUAAAGAUGAGAUGAAAUCUGCGAAAAAUAUUAUAGAUGAUAUAGAAAUGCUUACUGAAAAGUUUGAAAAAAAUCCUUUCAAGGCUAUGAUGCAAACAAUUGAGGAUGUAAAGGCAGAAAUGAUACCUAUCAGACAAUUAAUGCCGAAGAAAUCAGCUCGAGAGAUAAAUAUGUUACAACGUAAAUGUUGGCCGCCCAUUUAUGCGCCAAAUUUGGACGAACGUCCUCUGAUCUUGGCAACGCAACAUUUGGUACCCUCACUACCGAUCCAAUUCUUCGAGGUAUUCGCAGAAAUGAUCGAAGCUGCCCUGAAAAAGCCGGUCGUCUUAGUACACGAGUGCAAAAUCAACCGACCUAUUACGAAAUUCGUUGACAUAGCUGUCUUGCCAGCGCACGAAAAUUGGAAAGACGGUGAACUUUUACCUGUAAGCUUCGUCUUUGAACAUUAUUUGAAUAAGAACAAGUCACCAAAAGUAUAUGCUGACGUAAUCGUUGGAAAUGAUCGCAUUAAAAACCUCGCGGGUUUUCGAGGGCAUAGAUGCGCCAUUACGGAAAAUCGAGGCCAAUUCACCGCCGCCGGAGCGCUCUUCAAAGAGUUACACGUGAAAGGCGAAAACCUUUUAUUUUUUGGCCAUUUAAUCGAAGGACGCACAGAGCUCGAUGUACUGGAAAUGGUCGCCGACAAGCAAACAGAAAUAGGAGUUCUGGAAUCACCAGUGAUCAGAUGCCAUCAGCACAACAUACCCGGUGCGGAUUCUCUAAAUAUCCUCACUAGUUUGGGACCUAUACCACCAUAUCGCAUUAUGAUAAAAAAGACGCCAGAAGACAAUAAAAUGGCCGAAACGCUCACCAAAGAACUGAAGAAUGCAACUGAGCACAAGGAAUGGCUGGACAGAUUAUGGCCCUUCGGCUGCAUUGGUUUUGCCGAUAAUUCGAAGGAUAACUAUAAGGCUGAGAAACUUGUGAUAAGGACUGACAUACCUUAUUAUUAAAAUUAUUUUACAUCAUUCCUUAUAUCAAUUAUUUUACAUUAUUCCUUGGUUUUGUCUUUUUUAACAUUUUAUACAUAUACACAUGUACACAUUCUCUUUUUUGUUUCAUGUAAUAUGAUUCUUUAUUAAAUCUAAAUAAAUACAACGUGCAAAUUUUCC